UGCCUCUUUUCAUCUCAAGCACCUUCAUGGGGUUGAGGAGUUAGAAGCCUCAUGAGUUCCUUAUUUUUUACUGUUGUUACAUAUCCAUAUAUACAUAUCAAUAUUCAGGUGGUAACAUACCUUUACGUAUGAUAUGGAGUUGAAAUAGAGUUGCUGUCCAUUUUGAAGGGCCAAACACCUCACGGCCCAGUCCCUACCGAAUGCGUUGUCCAUUAUGGAAGAUACCACAAAUGCUUUUCGACUUGCUCGACAGCCACGUAAGCCUGGAAGCGGAUGGCAGCCCCGGCCAAGGGCUUUUCCGUUGACCAUCAACCUGACUGGGAUCUCGGUAGGAAAGCGACGCCGACUGCUUGCGAACAUCAAGCCAUCCCACAAAGCGCCCGAGAAUGGAGUCGCUUUGCCGUCGCGGCAAGCAGCCUCGCCUGAGCGUGGGCUGCUUGUUCGACCAGCGAGCCCUAUCCAGCCAAUGCAGCCCAGUCCUGUUGAACCCACGCAGCCAGCCAAAGCUGUGGCGCCGGAGGAAGACGCCCCGAUUGCUGUCAGCGUGCAGCAAGUGUUUGUUCCAUCAGAGUCACGAGCACAGCGUGUGUUUGUCGCAUUAGGGCUCAAACCGGGGUCAGGCCGCAGGGUGCAGCCACGCUCGUAUACCUUAUCCUUCAAACCUCCACCGCCACCACCACCGCCAUCGCCACCACCGCCACCCGUCCCAGCACAACGGGCUGCGGCAUCUCCGCUGCCGUCACCCAGCCCUGGACCGUCGCCAAGCGUUUGUGCGACGCCGGCGCCAAAUGCAUCCGUGCCGUGUGCUUUGCAGGAUGCCUCGUCGCCUUUCAUGCCGCAGCUCGAGGACUUGUACACCCUGGCCAUGGAGAUAGCAGCUUCCAGGCCGAAUGCGUUCAAACCUGCGUCAGCCGCACACGCCAUGUUGGGAGUAGGGGACUCAGCGGCGGAAGCAUCAACAUCAUACGGCGCGACGGCAUCGGCGGAUGGGGUAGGAUCAGCAGCAGGGCUAGAGCAGCCUGAGGUCGUGCCGCAAUCUUUGCUGCCAGCUCGAACUCCAGCACCCAACCGUUGCGCUGCCCUCUCGCCUCUGAGCUGGUUCUUGCGGUCCACACCGGCACGGUCUUACAUGACACCCGUUGAGGGCGUUCCUGAGAAGCCGCUGGAGCGUACCUGCGCAGCGCGAGUCGAGGGCGCCCCCGUCCCGUCACCGGCAGCAACCUACGGAACGCCCAUCGAGGGUGUCCCUGAACGACUGCUACUGCCCGGCAGCGCACUGCGUGUAAAGGAUGCGGGGCCGGCAACUAGGCCGGGUGCCUGCAGCAGCGCGUUCUUGGGCAUGACGCCGGUCGAGGGGGUGCCGGAGCGCAUGUUGAAGCGUCCCCGCUUGCACUCGCCGGAGUCAGCGCGUCGGGCAGCGGGCGGGGGCGGGCGCUGCGGACUCGGGCCAAUGGGUUCGUGGCAGGGGCCCGUGGCAUGCGGGAUACAGCAGGCGCAGGCGGACCAGUCGGCACCGGGGCCACUGGAGGGUGCCGAUGGCGGGGAGGACGAGGGAUGUGCGGCGCUAGGACAAGAUGCUGCGGGUAUAGGCUGUGACACGGUUCCGUGUGGUGAUGAGGGUGUACCUAUAACCGGGCCGGCACUAGCAGAAUGCUCUGCCGCGCCGGACCCACCACCUGACCUGACGGUCUCGGACGUCGCUGCUGCAGCCAUCGCUGCAACCCGGAUAGUCCUCCUGCGACUACAGCCGGAGGCUGACGCAGAACCUUCCGGGGGGCCGCCAGAGCAACCCGUGGACCUGGCUCCUGAGCGGGCAGUUGCGCCGCAUGCAAGCACCUCGGUUGCACAGGAGCCGUCCCCCACGCCAAGCAACGGCACGCCUGCGGUGGUCAAGAUCAACAACGUGGCCGCGGCGGUGGCCAAUGCCGUCCGCCGGGCCACUGAAGCCAUGGGUGGGCCGCCCAGCUGCCGUGCAUCGCAGCCACUGCGCGGGGCAUUGCCGCCACGUCCGCCUUCCACUACUGGCCACGGUUCCGUAGCAGCGAACCGGCCCCUAAUCGCAUGCAGCCGCGACUCUGCGGCGUUUGCUGCAAGGCACCACCGCACGCCUUCCGAAGCGGAUGGUGCACGGGGGCUAGAGGAUCUCAUUCACCGCGCGCCCCCUGGCGCACUUAUCUUCCCGUCACGAACGCCGUCCCCAAUGGGCGGAUGCCGCAGAGCGUUGGUUGCUCUGGAGCCUGGGCCCCAGCUAGACGCAGGUACCGCAGCCGGAGUGGCCAUGGUUACACCCACGUUGGCAGGCGCAGCAGCAGCGCUAGCAGCGGGUGGCGCUCCUGCGGCUGACGCCAGCCCCGCCAGCAGCGCUGCGACUCCGGGCGUCACCGGGCAAUCCAUGGAGCCACCUCGGCAAGUCCACGAAGCACGGGGUGCAAGUAGCGGCCCGCACAUCUGGAAUGGUAGGCGCGCAAGUGGUCAUGCUGCAGCUGCCUCAAUAGCGACCGAAGCCGAAGAGGUUAGCGGUAGCGCUAGCGACGGCGUUGAUGACAACGGGCAGGACUGGCAGGCGGACGAUGACCCACAUGACGGCCUCUACGACGCGGGCGUAGCCAUGGCGGAUAACGGCAACGACCAGGAGGACCACCGUGACUCCGAACCUGUGAGCUCAAGCGAGGAUGGCGACGCAGGGUCAGAUGACGGUGACAGCCAGGACGAACAGGAGGACGCCCACGCUGCAGCGGCCGAUGAACCUGCAAGCUCAAGCGAGGACGGCGACGCAGGAUCAGAUGACGGUGACAGCGAGGACGAACAGGAUGCCGACCACGCUGCAGUGGCCGAUCAACCUGCAAGCUCAAGCGAGGGCGGCGACGCAGGAUCAGACGACGACGGCAGCGAGGACGAACACGAGAACGCCCAAGUUGCAGCGGCCAGUCCACCUGUGAGCUCAAGUGAGGGCGGCGACGCAGGAUCGGAUGACGGUGACAGCGAGGACGAACGCAAUAGGGACCACGCUGCAGCGGCCGAUAUAGACGACAGCAAGCCCGACGCCGGCGACAUUGGCGGCAUGGACGAUGCGGAUGCGGCUGAAGACAGCAUACUCAGCAAUGGCGCAGAUGCGGGUGGCUCUGAGAUGGCCAGGUCGGAUCCCGAGGACAGCCCGCGCCGUGCUGACCACGGCGGCAAUGGCAACGAGGCGCCCGAGCCCGACAGCAUGAUGUACCAGGGCAACGACGAGGACACUGACGACGACGUCGCAAUGAAGGAGGAGGUCAGGGCGCUGCCUGAGGAGCCUGAGACGGCGCCGCGUGGUAGCAAUGGGAACGACGUCCAUGACAAAGAUGCUGGCAAGGGCGCUCCUGCCGGUGAGCAGCCUGGCGCGAGGGCAGCCGCAAGUAAAACUGCGCGUGGCAAGCGGGCGGCGAACCGUCCGGCUGUAGAUGAGGGACGACGUGCCGCUGACCGAAAGAGUCUUGCGGGCGCUGGGCUUGUAGUCGACGAUGUGGGUGUCCGCCGUAGCACGCGGAACCGGGUCCGGCCCCUGGAGUACUGGCGAGGCGAGGUCAAGUCCUACGGGCGCGACCACAAGUCCUUGAUCACGGUGAAGAGCAUCCAUAUGCGCACUCCGGAGCCCGAGUGGCCCCUCCCCACCGGCAAGCAAGGGCGGGCCAAGCGCAAGGCACGCGCCGUACAGGCUGCAGCAGCUGCGAUGGAUGGGUAGUGGCACCUGCCGCGUUAGACCUACGAAUGCGAGGACUGUGGCUUGAACUUACGUGUGCGCACAUAAUUGUGGACCUCGCUGGCUGCAACCGCCUUCUUGGAUGCUGCUGCAGUCAUGAGUUGAGGACAGGGCGUAUAGACGUAGACAUUAUCCCCACUCGGACGAUUAUGCGUUCAUCAGUGGCACUUGGCGGGUGACCCGUGUUAUUUUUGUACAUAACUAUGGAUCGACAGAGAUGCAGUCUGACUGUGUGUGCAUGUUAUAUUAGAUGGAGCUGCUCGAAACCAGCCGUGUGAUCUGCCAUACACAGUGCUCGUCCCUCGCCGUUGCUAUUGACCAAUCGUCCUGCGCUGGUGUAACCCCAGCUAGGCACUGCUUCGCGACCCCGGGCGUGAAGCAUCUAAGGAUGACAUUGGUCCCUACCCAUAUACAGUUGCCGUACCCUGCGUCAAGCACAGGGCAUAGCGUGGCUAUGUAUGAAGAUAGCCCCAUGAUUCUCGAACAGUCCACAUCGGAAAACAAUUGUCGGG